UGUCCAAUCACUCCGGCGCCUGCGGCUCAGUCAGGUGUGCAGGCGCGGAAGGCACCCCGGGUGGGUAUGGCGACCUGGUGGCGUGCGUUUCCACGCGCAGCACGGCGCUAUCCGUGGCCCACCAACGUGCUGCUCUACGCUGGUCUUUUUUCAGCGGGUGAUGCGCUGCAGCAGCGGCUGCGGGGAGGCCCGGCUGACUGGCGCCAGACGCGGCGCGUGGCCACUCUGGCUAUAACCUUCCACGGGAACUUCAACUACGUGUGGCUGCGCCUUCUGGAGCGCGCGCUUCCGGGCCGCGCGCCGCGCACGGUCCUGGCCAAGGUGCUGUGCGAUCAGACUGUCGGUGGGCCGACUGCCCUCUCUGCCUUCUACGUCGGUAUGAGCAUUCUCCAGGGAAAGGAUGACAUAUUUUUGGACCUGAAGCAGAAAUUCUGGAAUACAUAUAAGAGUGGUCUGAUGUACUGGCCUUUUGUGCAGCUAACCAACUUCAGCCUUGUCCCUGUGCACUGGAGAACAGCUUAUACGGGACUGUGUGGUUUCCUCUGGGCCACCUUCCUCUGCUUUUCUCAGCAGAGCGGUGAUGGCACAGUCAAGUCCAUGUUCAUCUUCUUUCGCAGGAAAGAGGUGGGUGACGGGCCUCCAGAGAAGUGAGGAGUCCAGGACUCCCUUCCAGACUCAGUUACAUUUCUCCAUUGCUCUCAAUCACCUGCAGCAGGCCUGCUUCACUGAGCAGUUACUAUGGGCUCCAUAGGCCACUUGUUUCAAAAUGAUUGCUUUAACUGUUAUCCAAACCCUUCCUAUUCAUUCCAGUCUGAAAGUCUUGUUUUCCUGAUGUUUUCACAUCUCUAAUGCUUUGGUUAAAAUUACAACAGUGACAGGUGAUAUUUUAGAGUUAUUAAUACUUUUAUUCUAAUAUAAGACCAGUUGCAUUAAAAAAAACCCUCUAGUUUUGAUUGUUUAUAUUUCUAGCCUAAACUCUCAGGCAAUUUCCUACACACUUUGGGAUCAAAUUGCCUUUUGUCCUUAUAGUAAGUUUCUAUCUAUAUAGAAUUCAGUCAAGAAGAUUGAAUAACCAGCCUCCUCAGAUACUCAAUAAUAAUUUAUUAUUACACCAACAAUAAAAUUCUGUAAGCAGAUGUUUUUAUCUUCAAAAAGGAAUAAUGUUGGAUAUCUGCUAUAUAGAAUAUUUUAUUGUUGCUGUCUACUUGUUUUCUUUCUAAGAUAGGGUCUCUCUUUGUGUAGCUCAGGCUGCCCUGGAACUUACUAUGUACCUACCCCAGGUUGGGCUUCAGUCUUUCAAGUGCUGAGAUUACAGGCAUGAGCCAUCAUGUCUUACUCCUCUACUUUUAUAUUAUACCAUUCAAGUGUACUACUCUUUAAUUGAUAUCUUCUAGCUUUGAGAAGAUACAAUUGACAAGCACUCUAAUUCCUACAUACAUGAAAUAAAAUAUUUGGCUUCUUAAUGAACUAUAUUAAAUGAAAAUUCUAGAAAACUAAUCAUUUUCUUCCUCUCUAAGGAAGAACUCUAAUCUAUACUCUACCAGUGUACACAGUUUGCAGUAAUCCUCUUGCCUCUGCCUUCCAAAUGCUGGAACUACAACAUGAGCCAUGCCUGGCUUUGUGUGUGUGUGUGUGUGUGUGUGUGUGUGUGUGUGUGUGUGUGUGUGUGUGUUUAUGGUACUAGGGAUAGAACAUAGAGUCUUGCACAUGCCAGGCAAAAGCUCUGUCACUAGCUACACCCCAGGAUGCUGACAGUAUUCUUUUAUAAUUCAGUGCUUUAAAGUGGACUCAAGAAACAUCAGCCAGUCUUUCACAUUUAUUCAGUUUAUCUAAUCUCAGCCAGCCACCAUCAGGUUUCAAAAUUAUAUAAAUAACAAGGUGUGGAGGUGUGUGCCUGUCUACUUGGGAGACUAGUGGAGGAGGAUCACUUCAGCCUAGGAGUUCAAGACUGCACUGGACAAAACAGCAAGUCCCUGUCUCAAAACUAUAAAAAUAAAAAAUUUAAGACUAUGACUGUCUCAAGAAAUUUCAACAAUCUCUCCUAAAAAUGACCCCCAUGGGUCUGUUGCUUCUACUGGCAUACUUGACAAAUUUCAAAACAUGAAACACUGAAUUCUGAGUUUAUCUUGAGAAUGUACAUUUAAGGUCAUUUUUAGAAUUCAUACUUAAAUUUCUAAGCAAGUAAUUUAUAUGGUUUGUAAUAUGUUUGUAUUGUCUAAGUGACUAAGCUAUUGGAAUGUAAUAGAUAUGAAUGUAUUUUAUGUUAGGGCAAUAGUAAGAACAUUUCUUGGUGACUGUAUGCUUUUGAAAGUUGGGUGGCUUUAGUGGCCUGCCUGUGUUCAGUAGGUGGGAAUGGGAUCCCUGGGGCAACAGGGCUUUACUUGAGCAGCUGAAUGGAAUUAAUGAGCUCAGGAUUCAGCAGGAGAUAUUGCAUCA